AUGCCAGCUGAGUUGAAGGAAGAGCCUGUAAGAGUGAACAUGAUGAAGAAAUAUUUUUCAGCUGUUUGCGAUACAAAAGAAUUUUCAUGGAAAGGACAAGGAAAAGUGACUGAUCGGCGAAGAUGUAACGAAAAACAUUUUGAGCAGUUUUCACUUAAUCAGACUCCAUACAGCUUGGGUGAUUUUGUAUUCAUUGAUGCUGACAAUGAUGAAGGAAUUGAGGGUGCAUAUAUUGCUCAGAUCAAGGACUUGGUUCAAGAAGAAUCUGGAGAUCAGAAACUGGAGCCUAAAGCAAUAGUCCAGUGGUACUGGCGUCAGUUUGAAGUGAAGGCGGCUCUGAGACGCUUGGAAAGAAAGGAUGGACCGACAAACCCUAAAGAAGUGUUUCUCAACAAUGGCAAAAACUUGGAUGACACAGUGGAUAUAGACACUAUACUGGGAAAGUGUUUGGUUGAAACCUGCCAGCCUGGAGAAAUACCAGAAGAAGAGUCUGCUAACAAAUUUUACGUUACAAGAUCAUACAAUGGAAGUACAUUCAACCCUUUAUCAUACACUAAAACGAGAAGGAUUCUGAAAAAAGACUUAAAGGAAAAUGAACAUGCAAACCGUUCAUCACGAAGAUCAUUAGGUUGUGCCCUGGCUACAGGAAAACCUUUAGAAAAUUCUACAAACAAAAUCCAACAAACCAGACAUUCAACUGGUGGUGACAUUUUACAGAGCAAUAGAGACCUGUUUACACGCCAACAGCAGCGAAGAAGUGUGAAACCCAUCAGGAGACUCAACAAGGACGGAGAAGUCAAGUCAUUGUCUGAGAAACGUCAUCAAAUGUUGAGUCCCAAUUCUCUUUCUUUAGUCAAAGCCAAAGGAGGCAGUGCGAAAUAUCCAUGGUAUAAAGGUGAGGAUGUGGUCAAUUUCUUCAGUGAUCUCCAGGACACUGACAGUGAUGCUGUGUCAAUUAUUUCCAUGUCAUCUGAUAGUGGAAUUUCCAAUGUUUCUGGACCUACCGUUCGACAGAAAAAGUCAAAAACACCUCUGGAUUGUGUAUCCAUGGAUAGAAAACGAAUGUCAAGGACAGCUUCUCCAUCUAAAGCCACGCCCACAAAGGUUAAAGACACUGGGUCAAGGACAGGAACUCCGUUAAGGAUUAAACCUGUGAGCACACCUAACAAGGUCACUGCAAUCAAGACAAAGUCGGACAUUUCUGAAGAAGUCACAACUCCAAAACGGAAGGGUAGUUCUAGGGAUCAGGUUGGAGGUAAACGUUGCAGAACUGAGCCUCGUCAGCCAAAUGUGAAGCGAGAAGAGACCUCAAGGUCAGCCAGUAAGGUAGAGAGGAGAAAAAUAGUGCCAAGUGUAAUAGUGAAGCGUGUCGGUGAACAUAAAUAUGAAUCGUUCAGAAACCAGACACCUGAUAGUGUGGAAAGACCAGUCCGUCGAGGACUAGGUUCCAUGUUUAACAGAGAGAGUCGUAAAUCUGAUACAGACAGCCCCAUUUCCAGAGGCAGGACACUACGAAGACGUUCCAUGAAGGUAAACUACACAGAUACUGACUGUACGCCGGUGAAGUACAGUGAUGAUGAUGCUGAUUAUGAAAAUGAUGAAGAUGAUGUGUUUGCCGAUGAAGACUACGAUGAAGACUGCAACAACAGUAGUGACAGAACAGAAAGUAAAACUACUACACCAGCACGAAAAAACCGAGGCCAUCAACCACGCAAACAGUCUUCAAAAAAGUCCAAGUGGAGAAGAUCGGUGGCUGAUGGGGCCACGCCUACCAUCCCUGGGAGGUGUAAACCUCUGUCUUCUCCCACCAGUGUUCUGGAAGAAGCACGAGCUAGAUUGCAUGUAUCAGCUGUACCAGAUUCCUUACCCUGUCGUGACAAGGAAUUUGACGACAUAUUCAGCUUUGUUGAAAGUAAAAUUUUGGAUGGAACAGGCGGGUGUAUGUACAUCUCUGGUGUGCCAGGAACUGGAAAGACAGCAACAGUACGCGAAGUGACUCGGGCUCUACAGCAAGCCUGUGACGAUGGUGAACUGCCUUACUUUAAAUACAUAGAAAUCAAUGGCAUGAAGCUCACGGAGCCCCGUCAGGCUUAUGUGCAGAUCCUCAAGCAACUGACCAAACAGAAGGCAACACCUGACCAUGCAGUAGACCUCCUCAACAAACAGUUUACCACACGAGGCCCUAGGAAGGAAACCAUUGUUCUUUUGGCAGAUGAGCUGGACUUGUUGUGGACACGUAAACAGGAUGUGAUGUAUAACAUAUUUGAUUGGCCGUCACACCCUCAUGCUCGUCUUGUUGUCCUGGCUGUGGCCAAUACCAUGGAUCUUCCGGAGAGAAUUAUGAUGAAGCGUGUGUCCUCGCGCCUCGGUCUCACCAGGAUGACGUUCCAGCCCUACACAUUCCGUCAGCUGCAGGAAAUAGUCGUGUCCAGGAUGAAGAGCCUUCAAGCAUUUGAUGACGAUGCUAUACAGUUGGCUGCGAGGAAGGUGGCAGCAGUCUCGGGAGAUGCUAGGAGAGCACUUGACAUUUGUCGCCGGGCAACAGAGAUUACAGAGGCCAUGUCGCCCUCUAAAAAGGCAAACCUUCUUGUCAGUACUUGUCAUGUUGAUGCUGCUCUUCAGGAAAUGUUCUCCUCACCAAAAAUAGUCGCUAUCAGGAGCUGUUCCAUACAAGAGAAGGUAUUUCUCAGAGCAAUUGUGGCCGAGUUCCAUCGGACAGGACUGGAGGAGGCAGAAUUCUCUAAACUCUACUCCCAACACAUUUCCCUGUGUAGAUUUGAUGAUCUACAACCACCAUCCACCUCUGAACUAGCAGGAAUGUGUUCUAGAUUAGGAAGUAUACGACUACUCCUCGUAGAACAUGGACGCAAUGACCUUUUUAUGAGAGUGAGGCUUAAUGUAAGCCAAGAUGAUAUCUUGUAUGCAUUGAAAGAAAAAAGUGGUGUAUGAGGACUUCAGAGUUUGAUAGAUUUGACAAAAUUUACCCCACAGAGACAUUGCCUUGUAAGGAAAAAACCAUGACGUUCCUAGCUAGAACAAAUAAUAUUGUACCAUUUAAAAUCGGUUCAUGUGUAACGCUUUUCAGGGCAUGUGUUCAGAUGUCAGCAAUAUAUGAGGUCUAUUUAUAGAUAUUUCAAAUAAAAGGAGACCUGUUAAAAUGUUAGCUAUACUUUCAUUGUCAGGAUUUUUCUAAAACAAAAUGAAACCAAAAAAAAAAAAAGAUGUUAAGUUAUCAAAAAAAAGACAUGUAUCUGUGUAUUCUGAGCAACCAACUUAGAAAUUUAGUGAACACAAUUAGUAGGAUUUUUUAACAUGACUGACAGAUACAGAUCUAGAUUCAUAAGUCAUACAUUAAGUAUUUAUUAAUAACACCCAAGGAAAUUUGUUUUCUGCCAAAUUAAACAAAUGUUUCGGUACUGUUACCUACAUGACAAUUUUAUGCAUGAUUCAACAUCGUUAAUUUUAUCACAAUGAGAAAAAAUUUUAAUUUUUUUUUUUUUUUUUUUCGUUUUACAGUAAUUCUUUAAAAUUAAUAUAUAUAUAUCUGGUGGCUGGGAAAGAACAUUAAGAAAAAUCCUGUGUAUUUUGACUGUUAAUUAAAGGAAACUUUAAGAUAACAUAGUUUCCAAAAUCCAUAUCAAAGAAUUCAGAAUUAGCAGUAAAGAAAAACAGUGAUGACGAUACAAGUGUGUAGUUUUAAACAUUAUCUAAUCUGUCUACUUCAAUGAUCCUUUGUCAUGGAGACUUGGGAUGAAAAGUCAGUAGUUUGGUCGUGGUAGUAUGAACUAUGUAAACACAAAGACCUGGUAUGAUUAAAGAUUUCUCAGUGCAAUAUGAACGUCACUUCGAAGUCCUUUCCAAGCCACCAUGAAAAUUUUAAUUGUAAAAAAGCAUGAAGUGAAAAUGUUGGUUUGAUAAAUAAAAAUUCCUUGAUGAAAUAUACCAAGGUCACUGAAAGUUUUGAAAUAUUUUAAUAAGAUUUUUAUUCAGACUUGUAUUUUAAUACUUGCAUUAUGAGGAAGGUACAUUUUACACUUUAAAAUAUCAAAUAAAAAUCUUUAACUUAAAUGAAUCUUAAAAGAUUUCCUUAA